AUGACUCAAGUCAUUCAAGAACUCCAUAAGAAAAAUAACUUCCCGGUUGUCCACUACGAAGAUCCUCCGAUAGGAAUCACUGCUCUCACUUCCGCUGCUGCAUAUGCCGACAAUGAUGAAGAUGUCUCGGAGUCAAGGGCUUCGUUUGCAGAGACGGUAAUUAAGGCUAUAGCUGAUGACAAGGUAUGUGUGGUUGGGGUGUAUGGACCAGGUGGGGUAGGCAAAUCCAAGCUUUUGGCAAAUAUCGAAAGGCAAGCAAAGAAAGAGAAGCUAUUUGAUGUGGUUGUCACAGAAGAUGUAUCACGCAAUCCAGAUCUAAGAAGAAUCCAAGGAGAAAUCGCUUAUGCAUUGGGUCUAAAGAUAAUGAAUGAGGAAACUGCUCGUGGGAGAGCAGAUCUUUUGCACAAGAGGUUAGAGAGUAAUUCUCAAAAAAACAUUCUCAUAAUUUUAGAUAAUUUGUGGAAGAAGCUGAAGUUGAACGAAGUUGGAAUCCCUUGUGGAUUUGAUAAUAAAGUAAGAGGCUGCAAGCUAUUGCUAACAUCUAGAAAUCGAGAUGUUUUACGUACUGAUAUGGGCUCUGACAAGGAGUUCCGACUCAAUGAGUUAGAGCAUGGAGAAGCGCGUAGACUUUUUGAAAGGACAGUGGGGAAUAUAAUUAAUGAUCUUGAUAUUAAACCCUGGGUAAAUGGAGUGGUCAAGAAUUGUGGAGGCUUGCCACUUUUGAUUGUUUCAUCGGCAAAAAGGUUGAAACACGGAGAGUUGGCUGCAUGGAGGAAUGCUUCGACCCAUAGAGACGUGUCGGAUGUAAAAUCAAUAGCUGAACAAAAUUACAAUGACUUAGGAGAUGAGAGGAUCAGAAAAUUGUUUUUGGUUUGUGCUCUAGACUCUAGCAGUAUUCUCUUGAGGUGUACCCUUCCCUACUGCAUGGGUUUGGGUUUAUACAAACAAUUCAGCAUGACCAUCGAAAGCGCUAGAGAUAGGUUGGUAAUGGAUUUACGUUCCUUGCAGAACUCUUCUUUGUUAUUAGAUGGUGAUGACAUAGAAGACCUCAAAAUGCAUGACAUAUUUGUUGACAUGGCCAUCUCUAUUACUUCCAUAGACUGGAAGGCCUUGAUCGGGAGGAAAGAUUAUGGGUUUAAAGAAUGGUCAAAGGAUGAGCUCAGCAAAUGCACUGCAAUAUCCUUCCGUUUUGUGGGCAUUGAUGAGCUUCCAGAGAAAUUAGAUUGCCCAAACUUGAAGAUGCUUCUGUUAUCCGAAUCCAACAAGUCUCUCAAAUUUCCUGAGUCAUUUUUUGAAUCUAUGGAGAAGCUCCAAGUCUUGGACUUGACUUGCUUAUCUUUCACCUCUCUACCUACGUCGAUUAAAAUCCUUGAAAACCUCAAUUCGUUGUGUCUUGAUUACUGCCAUCUAGAGGAUGUGACUCUUCUUGGAAAGCUGAAAGGAUUGCAAUUCCUAAGUUUCCACGGAUCUAUAAUCGCUCGGCUGCCCAAAGAAAUAGGUGGACUAACAGAAUUGAGAUUUUUGGACUUAACAGAGUGCUUCAGGCUCCAAAUUAUUGAACCUGGCGUGCUUGAAAGCUUGGUUAAUUUAGAAGAAUUGUACAUUGAUGGAUUUUGUCAAUGGGAGGCCGAGGAUGAAGCACCGCGAAGCAACGCCAGCCUGGCCGACUUGAAAAACAUGAAAAAGUUGAGAACUUUGCACAUUACCAUUCCUCAUUCUACCAAUCUCUCAAGCGACCUGCCAUUCGGGAAUCUGAAAGAGUAUAAAAUCCAAAUUGGGGCAAUUGCGCAUGGGUGCGAUGAAUACAAAGAAUCCAGAAGUUUAAAGCUCAAUUUGGAUUCUGGCAAUCUUCUCCGUGAAGCGUGUAUGCAGGAAUGUCUGGGGAGAACGCAAGAUCUCUGCUUGGAUGGAUUGCAAGAUGACAGAGAUAGCAUUCAUGACUUGUGCACCAAAGGUUUUCAGGAAUUGAAGCAUCUUUGUGUAAUAAAUAACCUCUCACUUCAAUAUGUUGUUGGCUCCACACAGUCCACUGGAUUUAUGAGACUGGAAUCAUUGGUUCUACAGAAUUUGAACAACUUGAAGAAGAUUUCUCGCGAUUGUCUUACCCCGGAAUCCUUUAGCAAAUUAAAGAUUGUGAAAGUGGAAAACUGUGAUGAAAUUAAACAUUUCUUUCCUUCAUCCAUGACAAGAAUAUUCUUGCAGCUAGAAGAGAUUGAAAUAAAUAGAUGCCACUUGAUGCAACAAAUUGUCGGAGAUGACGAGAUAGAUGAAUACAGAGAUGAAAUUGAUGAUGAUGCCAACGUGAAGUCAUGCAAGCUGCGUAGGCUAACGUUACAAAACUUGCCAGAGAUGAUGAGCUUCUAUAAAACCGUGGACCAUUCAGUCGUAUUCUUGGAUGGGCAACAGAUUCUUUUUCCCAGCUUGGAGGAGUUGACCGUCGUGUCGUGUGGGUUGAUGAAGAUAUGGCACAAUGAACUUUCUAAGGAAUCAUUCUGCGAACUAGCAUCCAUCACAAUCCGAGAUUGUGAAAAUUUGUCUCAUAUUUUUCCAUCAAAUAAAAUAGAGGUGUUCAAGAGCCUGGAAAUGAUUGAGGUGGUCAACUGUACCUCUUUGGAGUCAUUAAUCGAACAUGUUGCUGUCAAUACUAAGAAAAUGCCAAAAAGUUUGGUCUUCCGAAACUUAAAAAAAAUGAAGUUGUGGGAUCUGCCGAGGCUGGAUGCGUUAGUGACAAGUAGCUCCGAAGCAACUUUGAGUCUUCCUAGUCUGACUACCGUUAGCUUGCGCAACUGCCACAGUCUGAGAUAUCUCUUCACAUAUGAUACAUCCAGGACUCUUGUUAAACUUGAGAUGCUAGAUGUUUCUGAUUGCAAUAAAAUGCAGAAAGUAGUUGCCAUGGAAGAAAGUGAAGAGCGAAAUUUGAAGGCAAUGAAGUUCUCUCGUUUACAAACAUUGAAGCUUUGUUCCCUUAAGAGCUUGAUUAGUUUCAGCUUAGGAAGUUGUGCAUUUGAGUUUACCUCCCUCACAAAUCUCUCAAUUUUGGAGUGCACUGAACUCAAGGCAUUCAUACUGAGGCUGCCAAUGCCAAGAGUAGAGACGACGAAUGAGGGAACUGCUGGCUCUGAUGAAAGUCCACCUUCUUUAUUUGACGAGAAGUUAUUGAACAUAUACAAGGUUUGUACACAGGUUCUUUUUCCAAGUUUGGAGGAAUUGAAGCUUUCGUCCAUGUGCCAACUAAAGAGGAUAUGGCACAAUCAACUCCACGGACAGUCCUUCUGCAAACUUGCUUCCCUCACUGUUGAACUUUGUGAAAAUUUCUCACAUGUUUUUCCAUCAAAUUCAAUGGACAUGUUGCAAAGCUUGAGUAAAAUUGAGGUGGUUGGAUGUCCCUCCUUGGAAGCAUUAUUUGAACCGGUAAGCCUUAGCUCUGAGGAAAGGCAAAAGCCAUUGGAACUCUCUGCAUUAAAAAAAAUGAAGCUGUUGAAUCUACCAAGGUUGACAGACAUUUUGAAGGGUGACUGCGAAGUAACCUUGACAUUUCCUAGCCUGAUGGAAUUGAAUGUAAGAAGUUGUCCUAGUUUGUCAUAUCUCUUCUCAAGUACCACAGCCAAAACUCUUCAUGAACUUGCAGUGCUUGAUAUUUCCUGUUGCAAUAAUCUACGAGGCAUCAUUGUGAUGGAAGAAGGAAAAGGGAAAACUGCAGAGACAUUUGAGUUCCGUCAUUUAGCCAAACUCAAGCUUGGUGACCUUAAGAGUUUGAUUUGUUUUAGUUUAGAGAAUUGUGCUGGUGAUGGGUUAUAUCCUCUAUUUGAUGAGAAGCUUGCAUUUCCAAAGUUAGAAGAGCUACACAUCAAGGGAGUUCAACAAAAAGAACUAUGGAACAGUAAAAUCCUUAUGGAGUCCUUUUGCUGUCUAAAGACCCUCCAGGUGAAGCAGUGUCACAACCUAGUGAAUGUGAUUCCUUCAUUCAUGUCAGAGAGGCUGCUUCACUAUAUGGAGUCCUUGACAGUUGAGGAGUGCCCUAGUUUGAGAAACCUUUUUACAAUGUCUAUGGCAAAAAGUCUAGGACAACUCCAAUAUCUGGGUCUCAGUGGUUGUGGAGAGAUGGAGUACAUUGUCACCAAAGAAGAUCAGAAAUCGGAAGAAGCAAUUGACAAAAUUGUAAUUCCUCAACUUGUCACUUUGUAUCUUCACAUCAUGCCAAAACUUAGAAGUUUUUGCCAAGGGAAGCAUAUUUCAGAGUGGCCCUCUUUGAAAGAGUUUACCAUUGAAGAUUGUAAAGCUGUGAAAGUGAUUCUAGGAGAUGCCGGUUUAGAGGGUAACGGUCCAACAUAUCAACCGCUUUUACUCGUCGAAAAGGUUGAGUUUCCUGCUAUGGAGUCGAUGAAGAUCUUGCACAUGGAUAACAUGGAGAAGAUAUGGCUUGAUGAUCUUGAUUCAAACGCCUUUGGCAAACUCAAAACACUAGUAGUGGAGCAUUGUGAGAAACUUUUAUCCAUAUUUUCAUCUUAUAAUAUGCUCAUGAGAUUUCAAAACCUAGAGAAGAUAACUGUGACCGAUUGUGGAUCCUUAGAAGUAGCAUUUCAAGUCCAAGAGUUUGAAUUUAGCGAAGCUUGUUCUAUGAAUUCUUUUCAAUUGGGAGAAAUAGUUUUGACGAGGCUCCCAAAAAUGAAACAUGUGUGGAAUGAACUUCCUCGAGGAGGUUUUACCUUUGGACACUUGCAACACAUGGAGGUUGUCAAGUGUGAGAGUCUCAAAAGUUUAUUUCCAAGCUCAGUGGCAAAAAAUAUGACACAAUUCAAAGAACUUUUAGUAAUGGAUAGUGGGGUGGAGGAAAUUAUUGCGGAGAAAGACGGAGUGGGGAUGAGUGCAAGUGAUCUCUUCUUUCCGCAAUUAACCAACCUAAAAUUACUUGAGUUGCCGAAACUAGGGAGCUUCUACCAAAAUAGUCAUACUCUAGCAUGGCCACUCUUGAAGCAAUUGCGAGUAAGACAUUGUGGCAAGAUGAGGUCGUUCUUAUUUGCUUGUGAAUUUCAAGGCUGCCAAGGUACAACUACCAGCAAGAACCAAUCUGCGCUCUUUUCUUUUGAAAAGGAAAUUGACAUUGUCAAACAUUUCAUGCUUGUUGAUACUCGCCUAACCACACCUGUGAAUUGCUUAAAAACUUAA